AUGAAUGCCAACACAAUCCUUUUUGCAAAUCCCAUUCCGAAAGUUUAUCAGACUCUACCACCGCCAAGAUCUGAAUUGGAUGAAGUUUUGGCAUUCAUUUAUAGAGGUCCAGUGCAACCAACUGAUGAGGAAUUCAAAAGGACACCUUUACUCAUAAGUCAUAAUCAAGUAGCAGAAGCACUGGAGUGGCUCAGAUUAAACCACAUUGCCUAUCAUGACAUUGAUAUAUCCUAUGACAACCUCAAAUCAUAUCCACAGAAUCAGCCACCUGUUGUUAUGUCCUAUCAUCCUCAGUUUAAGCCAAAGGAAGGCAUAGCUAAAAGCUUGCAUGGAUCUUUGGAUGAAGAAGAGGGUACCGCCUCAGGCCCUUGUCCCUUGGUUGUGCACGGUGUUACUGGGGAACAGCUGCAUACGAAAAGUAUAAAAUCUUUGAAAGCACUAACUGUGAAACAUUUAACCUCUGGUGGUCAAGUGAUGGCUCUGGGUCAUGCAGAAAAUACAGAGUCCAUCUACAACAAUCCACAAUUAUUCCAACUGGAUGAAUACUUUCCUAUUAUUGCAUUCAACCAUGAGCAAAUAAAGGCCAGCACUACCGGGGGGUUCUUGCUAGCUGAAAGACAUUCGUUUGAUGACAUCACUGAUAGGUUGCUAUCCGUUGACAAGACUACCCUCACUGAUUUAGCUCGUAGGUUAUCCAAUGGAGAUAGGGUGAUCCCAAACACCCCAGAAGAAAAGGCUUGUUUCCAACUCCUUGGUGAUCUUGACCAUAUAGCUGGCCAUGUUGAGGGAUCUAUUACAAAUACAAAAUACAUGAGAAAUGAAAUAUGGUCACUCAUAGCAUAUAAAGGUGCCCCAUCAUGGUUUAUUACAUUUACUCCAGCAGAUGUACAGCAUCCAAUUUGUAUAUACUAUGCUGGAACUGAUGAAAUAUUUAAACCAGUACUUAUCCCAGAUGAUAUCAGAGCAAAACUUGUGGCUGAUAAUCCUGUAGCAGGUGCUCAUUUUCUUGAUAUGAUGGUGAGAUUGUUCAUAAAACAUGUCCUUGGUGUAAACAGUGAUCAUGACGGUUUGUACGGAAAAACAUCAGCCUAUUACGGAACAAUGAUUGAAUAUCUGGAAGGUGCUCAUAAAGGUGAAUUCAUAGAUCAGACCAUGGAGGAAGUCAAAAGUGAGGUAGCAUAUGACUCAUCCCACCCAAAGUAUAAAGACCCGACUCAGACACUCCCAGAUAUCCCGCCUUACCCAUGUGAUCACAGUUUCAACCAUAAUUGUCAGACCUGUCAUUCAAGUCAAUCCUGGUGGAGAAAAUCUGUUAAAACAGUAAAUGAUCUACUCCUAAAGUCCAACGUACAUAGGACAUGUGAUGAACGAUGCUUUGCACAAUUGCCACCAGCAAUGAACCGUCCCCCAUUAUACAGAAGCAUUGGAAAAUAUGAGAUACAAAGCUUGCAGUUUACAAGACAUAAAAUUUCUUCGCAGCAGGAUAGCAGGGAAAAGUGA